AUGCUUCCGCGAGAGGGUUCACGGCACACGCCCGUGCUCUCGCAUCCUUACGGUGCGGAGACUCAGAGCGACUUUGCGCCGUCGUUGGUGGCUGCCUCUGUAGGUCCGAGUUGUCUCGACAGGCUCUACGCGGGGCGUUGCGUGUGCGACGGCACACGUGUCAUGGGUGGGGAAGGUGUCACACCUGGUGCGGCACUUGCGCAGCCGUGGUGGCGACGAGGCGUGGGAGGACCCGCCCCGGCUUUUGGUUUUUCUUCAUCCUUGCGGGCCGCGCUGUCGCCGCUGCCGUGCCCUGCCUCCGCGGCUUUCCCUCGCGCUGCGCGUGAUGUGAUUGGGGAUUCGGAUAGCCAUUUGUCCCAGCACCGUGGCGAGGGGGUGGCGCAACGGUGGUGGGUGACACGCGACGCGGCCAACAGUGUGUGUGCAUGGGGAGCGCCGGAGAGCGACCAGCCCAUCACGGCGUGGUACCAGUUGAACUAUGGCCUACCCAUUUCCACGGACCCUGUGAAGCAACCGUAUAACAUCGCAGAUGACACGGCUGCGCCGGACGCAACGACCGCGACGACAUCAUCAGUGAGGGGAGGUGCCGCUUCUGUGCCGCCGCAUACCGCGUAUUCGCUGGACGACUGGCCCUCACUGCCGGAGGAGAAAAACGCUGGGGUUCGAGCGGAGCUGCUGGCACUGCGCCGACGCGUAGAUGCGGUGGAGGCCAUCUGCCGUCGUGACGUCGCCAGCGACGAGGAGAGGCGGGGAGGGGGGUCGGCAGCACCGCGGCGCAGUGUUCGGUACCAGAGGCGCCCACCACGAGCUCGCCGCCGCCAACCUUCGUAG